AUGAAUCAGUUAGACCCUAGGAUGUAAUCUUAUUGUGGAAAUGUAAUAACUUGGUCGAUAUCCCCAACAACCUUAAAUGUUCAUUAUACUUAUGAUUACUUAGCACUUAUGAAAUAUUAAGGAGUAUAUGCUAGAUGGGUUGCAUCUGGAGGCAGUAAUAAUAAAGAUCCUACUAACGAUUGUUUAGGAAUUUUGAGAAGUGUAGUAUGUGCGUAUCACUAUCCUGUUUGCGACCCUAAUAAUGGAGAUAGAUUUGCUGUAUGUGGUUGGUAUUGCGAUUAUUUAAGAGAUAGAUGCCCUAAAGAAACAGAUUUAAUAAAUGAGAUUUGUUCUGAACCUUAAUCCUCAUGGUGUGCCUAUUCAAGCAGAAAUGCAUUUAAAUUAUUUGUAUUUUUUGUAAUUCUUUUUGUUUUUAUAAAUUGA